AUCAUUUAAAAUGUCACCAAUUUGGAACUCUUUUGGAAUGUUUUAUUGACAACCGACGUUUCGACGAGCGAGAGCGGUUUGGGUAGUUUUUCGGCUGUAUUGAAUCCUUUACAAUCUUUUUAUUCUGUAAUCGGUAACAUUAUCUGUAGUGCAGUAACAAGAUUAUAAGAAAUGGCCUCACUUGGAAGAGGGAAAGCAAGAACGAAGCAAGCCACGAAGCAAGAGAUAGCUGGAAAAGUUCAGGAGAUCCAGCUGAGACAGAAGAACUGGAUGGAGCAGAGGGAAGCAGCGUUAAAACAAAAACCAGCAUCUGCUACAAAACCAGGAUCAGGAGCAAAGAAAACAGUUAAAACUGAUGCACCCACCAAAGAAAAUACACCCUCCCUGACAGAAAAAGUAGGAUCCUCUUCCAACAAUCAAAUACAUAAAGAGAGGUUUAAGUCUUGGCUGGCCAGCAGGGAGAAAAAGGAAGAGGAGGAUCUAAGAGAACGAGGAGAGGACCUAAGAGAGGAGGGUGUGGAUAUACUUAGAGUCUCCAGUGCGAGGACACCUGGGUUUGCCAGUCCAGAACCAGGAUUGGAGGAAACAUCAGGGAAUUAUAAAGACUACCAGCAAUCUAUGAUCAUGAGUCAGAUGAUGUCUGCCGAGGACUUUGAUGCUAAGGCAGACAAUAUUCUGUCUCGUGUAAAAUAUGGAUUGGACCAGUGGAGCGGAUCAGGAGACAAUCACAAUACAGGGACCUCGGACCUAUCUAGUCAUUACUGUCCAGUCUGUAGAAAUAUAAUGAAGGGAGACCAGCAUUGUCCCCUGAUCUAUGUUCCCUGUGGUCACAAUACUUGUGUUUCCUGUUCCAAAAGGAGACAAAUCUGUCCUUGUUGUGGUUCUCAGGCCUCCUCUAAAACAAGGAACAUCAUGCUCAUGCAAAUAAUAGAGGAAUAUCACAAAAACAAGCAAAAACUCAAAGAGGAACAAAAUGGCAACUUCGAUAGCAAUGCCAAUAGUUCACAUAACAUUGAAACAGCUCCCAGAAGAAAAAGAGGAAUCAACAAAACAAAGUACAGAGAAGAAUAUGAAAAUCUGAAAAUGAGACAAGAAGUUCUUAAAGUAGAAAUCAAAGAUAUACAAGGUCAAAUAAACUCUUAUGUGAAGGAAAUUUCAGCUGGAGAAAAACAGGUGUCAAGUGUUAAGAGGGAAGAGGAAAAGGUUAUAGGUCAGAUACAAGCUAUGCAGGAAAAGCUCAGAGCCUUGGAACAGCACAGGGCUCAAUAUGAGACAGAUUGUGAGUGCACUCGACAAGCUCAGAAAGAGGCCCGGGAGAAGCUACAUCAAACUCAGGACAUUUUAUUGACAAUUGAAAUACAGAUGGAAAAAGCAAGAUUAUUGGCAGAGCAGUAAACUGAAAAUGGAGGAUUACAUGUGAAUUUGAAAGUAAUCAGUUUCUUCAGAUUUAUGUAUAGUUUUGACAGUCCUGUUGUACCCUAAAGAUUAUUGUAUCAAACGAAAACAUACAGCUCCAGCUGUAAUUCUUAGUAAAAAUCUCUGUAAAAAGGGCAUCUACUCCCUCCAUUUUCAUUAUACAAUGUAGACAAGAAUGUAGACCAACAUCUUUGAAUGAAAAUGAAGAAGAGAUUCACAACUGGAUACAGAUGAAUUUUCAAUUUGGUCUGCAUCUAAAGUUGUAAACUCAUAUUGUGAGAAUGUAUAAGUACAUGUACAAGCCAUUUAUAAAUCAGCCAGAAAUAAUACCUUUGUUAU